AUGGUGAUUAUAUGCAAAUUGAAUGUUGUGAUUGUUGAUGAAGACUUGGUGGGUGUUGUAGUAAGAAAUGUUGACGAAGCUUUUGAGUUAUAUAAUGGAUAUGCAUACAGAGUUGGUUUUAGUGUGAGGAAAGGCCAACAACGUUAUAAGGCAUCUACUAAGUCAAUUCAGAUGAAGAGGUUCUUCUGUGCUAAGGCUGGGUAUAAGCAGAAACCAAACAGUGGUGUUAAGCUUUAUUCAAAGAUUGAUAUGAGGACUGGAUGUGGUGCAUUUGUUCAGUUUGAUGUGGGGGGUGAUGGGAUGUGGACAGUUACAAAACACUUGAAAGAGCACAAUCACGAGUUAUGUUCAUUUGGCAAGAGUCAUCUGCUUCGGUCGCAUAGAAGAGUGGGAAACAAUCAGCUUGAAUAUUUAAAAGACAUGAAGAGUAGUGGUGUUGCAUUGGCGGAUGGUAUGAGGUUUUUGAAACAUCAGUCAGGGGGCUCUCCAUUGGUUGGCUUUACCAACCGCGAUGCUUACAAUUCAAUGGCUUCUGUGAGUUUGAAGUGUUUGGAUGGAUCGGAUUCAAAUUCUUUGGUUGAGAUAUUCAGGAGGAGGCAAUCUAAUGAGGCUGAUUUCUUUUUUUGA